ACUGUUAAACCAACAACCAGUCACAAUGCCUGCUUUCCGACAAGUGGGAGAGAAGCAGCUCCCGAACCCUGUUCUCUACAUGGCCUGGUCUCCAAAGAGAGAUCUCAUAGCCUUAGCCAACACUGCCGGUGAGCUCCUGCUUCAUCGCCUUGCUAAUUUUCAGCGUGUGUGGAGUUUAGCACCAAAUGAAAACACAGGAAAAGAGAUCACUUCCUUGGCCUGGAGGCCUGAUGGCAAAAUCUUGGCAUUCAGUGUAGGGGACACAAAGCAGGUUAUCAUGUGUGAUGCAGAGAAAGCAGAGAUCCUCCACCUGUUUCCUGUAGACUCGCCUGUAUCCUGCAUGCACUGGAUGGAAGUGCAGAGUGAUAUCAGCUCAUCAUUUGGUGAUUCUGAGGAUGAGUCCAACUGUUUUCUACCCAAGCUGCCAACAUUACCAAAGAGUUACAGCUCCACAUCAAAGAUAUUUAGUGAAGAAAAAUCUGAUGAAGUCACUAACCUCUUGGGGGACGUAAGGCUUAAUAUCUUAGUGGUUGGGGGGCCGUCUGGUUUUGUGGAGCUGUAUGCAUAUGGCCUGUAUAAGAUAGCCACACUUGAAGGGGUCACAGGGACAUGUCGCAGUCUCUGUCUGUCCACUGAUCUCAAAUCUCUUUCUGUCAUUACGGAAAUAAGAUCAGCAGAAAAUUACUCUGAGAUCCACUAUGUUCAACUGGACACAGGACUGCUUUCUUCUUGCCUUCCAGAGUUGACCAGAAUGGCACGCAAAUUCACACACAUCUCUACUCUGAUACAGUACCUGCGUCUGUCUCUCACCUGUAUGUGUGAAGCUUGGGAGGAAAUUCUCAUGCAAAUGGAUCUGCGCCUCACCAAGUUUGUCCAGGAAAAGAAUACAAGCACUCAGGUUCAGGAUGAGUUCUUGGAGCUUCUGCUAUGGGGACAUGCCAGUCCUGAAUUGCAAGCACUUCUCAUGAACCAGUUGACAGUUAAGGGCUUAAAGAUGUUGGGCCAGUCCAUCGAGUCGUCCUACUCAAGCAUUCAAAAACUGGUCAUCAGUCAUUUACAGAGUGGUUCAGAAGCUUUGCUGUAUCAUCUGAGUGAGGUGAAAGGCAUGGCUUUAUGGAAGCAGAGGUUUCAGCCUCUUGGUUUGGAUCCUGCAGCAGUAGAGGAUGCAAUCACGGCAGUAGGUGCCUUUACACUGAAGGCUAGCGAACUCUUACAAGUGAUUGAUAAAAGUAUGAAGAAUUUUAAGGCCUUUUUCCGAUGGCUGUAUGUUGCAAUGCUACGCAUGUCAGAGGACCAUGUCCCAGCAGAACUAAACAAGAUGACCCAGAAGGACCUAGCUUUUGUUGCUGAUUUUCUCUCUGAGCAUUUCAGUGCUAAUAAAGAGCUGUUUGAUAGAAAAGGGAAGUACUUUAAUGUGGAACGGGUAGGGCAGUACCUGAAAGAUGAAGAGGAAGAUCUGGUGUCUCCACCAAAUAUAGAGGGCAACCACUGGGUGAAUUUUGUUCAGCAGAGCACACAUUUAAAAGAAAGCCCACUGCUGUUUCCCACCUACCCACAAAAGUCUCUGCACUUUGUAAAACGGCUGAUGGAAGGCACUAUUGACCUCUGUCUGCAAAAACCAGCGAAGGUCAUAGGGAGUUCAGUGAAGCAGGCUCAGUGUUUGCGUCUUUACAAAGUACAUGAGAGUCCUGAGAGCACACCACGGCUGUUUGAACUCCCAGCACUAUGGAAUGAUAAAAAUGCAAGUAUGAUCUAUGUAGUUUUCUGUAUGCCAGAGAUCUCACCCUCCAAAAUCUACAUCCUGAGAAGAGCGACAGACCCAAUCAGAUCUGUGCCUAAUGGUUUGGUGGCUAUAGACUUAAACCCUCACUGCAGUACUAAUGAUGAAACAGAGCCGACAGAUCGCUCCUAUACAUGUCUUGAUGCACGUCUCUAUGACGAUGAGACGUUGACUGUGGUGUUACAGGGCCAGGAGGAUGGUGAAAAUAGGCUCCGUCUCCUCGCUCAGCUUCCCCUUGGCUCUGCAAUCAGCUGUGAGGAGGAGUUUAACUGGGACACUACCCACAGGUUGGAUGAGCAAAGUGGUGAAAUUCCCGUACGGGGGCUGUCUUGGGGAAAUCUGAGUCGAGAUCUAGAGAACAUGAAGGCUCAGUUUGUGGCUGUAAAUGGAGUCCGUAAAGUAUCCUGCGUGCUGAGUUCAAACCUCCGUCACAUCCGUGUAUUUGAGAUGGACGUAGAGGAUGAGGAGGAUGAAGAGGGGGCAGAUGAGUCUCAGGACAUCAGCUGUGAUCAGGAUGAACUGGGGGAGACCUCAAGCAAUCUAGGAGUGGAAGCAGCAGGUGAAGAAGGAAAUAGAGGAGCAGAGGCAUGUGAGGAGAUGGCGGAGGGGGGAGGGGACACCCUGGAACACACUUCACUGUCAGACACACUUUGACCUUUGAUGUCGCUGGUUGUCUUACCCCAGUGCAGUUUUGUAAGAAGUGCACAGGCUACUCCAACACUGUUCUCUUGAAAUUAAAUAAACAUUUUCUGUACUUA